CCGUCUCUCGCUACGAAUCAUCUCCUGUCAUCGCAAACUAUAUUUUGGUUGUCGCCUGUGCUCUCGCUAAGAAACCCCAAACCCUCGGCGACGCGAAAUGGCUUGGAGAGGCUCGGUGUCCCGGUCGCUUCUCGCCGCCGCGCGAUCCUCACCACGACGGCCGACGCCGGCGCUUCCCCGCCUCCGCCCUCCGUCACCCACCGCGCCUCGCCUCCCUCGCCGCCGUACCUCCUCCGCUUCUGCUCGAUCGUUGGGAGAGCUCAGAUGCGUGCAGCUUCUUCUCCCAUUGCAGGCGGUGGCGGCCACUCCGCGACUCACCUCCCAUCUUUCCGUCAGCGCGAGAGCUUGCUGUGAGCUUUCUCAGGGGAGGAACGGGAAAGAUGGGUGAUUCAGGAGACGUUGACCUUUGGGUGGAUGCAGGAGGAUGGUGUUAUCGUUUCAAGACACUCAGGUACGUGAAGUAAUUAAGUGGCUUAUCACAGGCAUCAAAAGACUUGUGGCAGAUGUUACAGGGGAGCUUCUUCACCCGUUUAGUGACUGUAAGAGUACGGAUAAACUGUUGGUGGUUUUGUUUGAUGCAGUUUAAAUCUUCCAAGGCUAUUAAUUGAGGCACAAGUCUGACUAUCGGUUGAUGACUUAUCUAAUGAUUCUUAACUCUUGUUUUUUUUCGUUUUGAUUCUUAAUUCCAACCGUUCGUCUGAUUGGUCCAAAAGCUCAUUGUGUAUUGACAGAUGCGUGUCCUUUUGACCCGUGAAAGUCAAAACUCAGGCAAUUUAUUUA